AUGACAGAAAAGGGACACAUAGUUGUUACCAAGUCAGUUCAAUCCACCGACCACGUUCUUGAUGUUGCUGACCACGAAAUCGAUUUACAUGCUAUCCAAUCCCAGGCCAUCUCAGUGGGAGAUGUGGGAACUUCACUCACUGAGUUCCAGAAGCGAUUGAUUUUGAAGAGAAUGAACUUGCACACGAUUGUAGAUCUUGGCCACUUGUCUCCAGUUGCUAUCUUUAUGAUUGAAAAAAUUGCAGGGUUGACAGUUGAAGAAUCAAUCAAGAUUGUAAAGGAGGCAAUUGUUGAUCACGACGAGGAUGUCAAUAUCCCCACUAAUGAAUAUGAUUUUUGGGAAAAGCUAGUUGCGUAUACCAACACACAAAUGGGGGAAGAAGGUUCGUCUGGUUCCACUGUUUCAUUGGAUAAGGAAGUCAGUCACAAGGAGAAAUGGUCUGAAAAGCAAAAAGUUUCGGAAGUUGGCAAAGCUGAUGAGUUGAACCUGGACCAAGAGGAUCAAGACUUUGAUUGUUUUGAAAUUGUUGACUUUAACCUUCAAAUCAGAUUAGAGGCUGCAUUGAUUGCAUAUUAUUCGCCUUAUCCUGAAGUCAGGGCAGUUACAGAGCCAUAUGAUGACUCUUCAAUUCCAUGUGAAACCUUCCGUGUGUACUUGCUUGGUAUAAUCUGGACUUGUUUGGGUACGUUCAUUAACCAAUUCUUUGCAGAAAGACAGCCCACCAUUACCUUGUCAUCAACCGUUGUUCAAUUGUUUUUGUAUCCUUCUGGAAAAGUCGUUGAAAAAAUUUUGCCCAAAAAGGUGGUCAAGCUAGGCAAGUGGCAUGUUGAUUUAAAUCCUGGUCCAUGGAAUCACAAGGAGCAAAUGUUGACAACAAUCUUUUACAGUGUUUCCAGUGGGUUUGCUUAUGUUAGUUACAAUCUUCAUGCACAAAAAGUUGAAAGGUUUUACAAUAACCAAUGGGUUGAUUUUGGGUACCAAAUAUUGCUCACCAUGGCCACCAACUAUCUUGGUAUUGGAUUUGCGGGACUUUUGAGAAGAUUCGCAAUCUAUCCCCACAAGGCUAUCUGGCCAACAAUUUUGCCAAUCAUUGCCUUGAAUAAAGCGUUGGUACAGACUGAAACCAAGGAAAAUAUCCAUGGAUGGACUUUAUCACGAUACAAGUGGUUCUUUUUGGUAUUUACAUUCUCCUUCUGUUACAACUGGAUCCCCACCUACCUUUUCAAUGCCUUGUCCUAUUUCAACUGGCCAACCUGGAUUGCUCCAAAUAACCCAACCUUGGUUGCUAUUACUGGAUCUGCCUCCGGAUUGGGCCUCAACCCAUGGCCAACAUUUGAUUGGAAUAUCUUGAAUUUCAAUGGAUGUUUGAUCUACCCGUUUUAUGCACAACUUAGUCAGUACAUUGGCAUGGUCAUUGGGUUCAUCGUCAUCGCAGCAUUAUGGUUCACCAAUCACAAAUGGACAGGCUAUGUUCCAAUCAACUCCGCCUCAUUAUGGGAUCGUUUUGGAUCAAUUUACUCUGUGGAAAACAUUGUCAAUGAAGAUACAUUAUUUGAUCAAGCAAAGUACGAUCAGGUGGGACCCCCAUACUACUCCGCCGCCAAUUUGGUGGUUUAUGGUGCUUUUAUCGCCAUCUAUCCAUUUUCGAUUGUGUACGAAGUGUUUAUGAAUAGAAAGCCAAUGUGGGCAGCAAUGAAGGGGUUGACCCGAGGAUUCAAAAACUUUAGAGGAUCAGUUUAUGAAGGUUUUAAUGAUCCACACACCAUAAUGAUGAAGAAGUACAAGGAAGUUCCUGACUGGAUAUUUGCUAUCGUGUUGGUGGUUUCAAUUGCAUUGGCAAUCAUUUGUGUUCAGAUUUACCCAGCACAAACACCAGUAUGGGGUAUUUUCUUUGCUGUUGGUAUCAAUUUUGUGUUUCUUAUCCCAUUGACGGCAAUUUAUUCCACCACGGGUUUCUCUUUUGGAUUGAAUGUGUUGGUGCAAUUGAUUGUUGGUUUUGCAUUACCAGGUAACGGUUUGGCUUUGAUGUUUAUCAAGGCAUUUGGUUACAAUAUCAACGGUCAAGCACAAAACUAUAUUUCCGAUCAAAAAAUGGGUCACUACCUCAAGAUCCCACCAAGAGCUGUUUUCAGAACGCAAAUGUUUUCCAUCUUGAUUGCAUCAUUUUUGGGUUUGGCAGUACUCAACUUCCAGAUUGCCAAUAUUGCCAACUACUGUGCUCCAAAUAACACACAAAAGUUUACAUGUCCGGGCGCAACCGUGUUUUACAAUGCUUCAAUUUUGUGGGGUGUCAUUGGCCCUAAAAAGGUGUUUGGUGGGUUAUAUCCUAUCUUGCAAUGGUGUUUCUUGAUUGGAUUUUUGUUAGCAUUCCCAUGCAUUGCAUUCAAAAAGUAUGGUCCUAAAAAGUACACCAAAUACUUUCAACCUACAUUGAUGGUGGGUGGAUUCGUAUUUUAUGCUCCAUACAACUUGUCAUUCUUCACCGGUGGAGUGUACAUUUCGACCAUGUUCAUGUGGUUCUUGAAGAGUAGAUACUUAGCAUGGUGGCAGAAGUACAACUUUGUCUUGUCUGGUGCAAUGGAUGCCGGUGUUGCAUUUAGUGCAAUCAUCAUCUUCUUUGCCGUGCAAUACAAGGACAAAUCUUUGGACUGGUGGGGGAACAAUGUGAUUUGGAGGGGUAUUGAAGGUAUGGGCGGCCAAGGUCGAUUGAAUGCUGCUGAUGCCCCUGAAGGUUACUUUGGAUUGAGACCAAGUCAAUGGCCAUGA